UGUUUAGUGACUUCCUCUGUUCUGCGCUGUGUAUAAAUUGUUAUUAGGACCUAGGCUAGGAAUUACUGGUUGCACACACUCACCGCCACUGCUCCACCGACCACCGCCCUUACAAGGACCCACCAUGAGCUCCAAGGACAAGUCCAAGUUCAAGUUGUUCCUCAAAUCGCUGCCGGCAGGUUACGUGGGCGAGCGGACCCUGCGGCCGGAGUUUGAGAGGGAAUUGCGCCCGGAGCAGCCGGUGGCCCAGCGCUGCAGGAUGCUAAAGGAGCUGGGCGACAUGCAGCUGCACAACUUCAAUCUGGACGAGACUGCCAUCACCAUUUUAUUCAAUCUCACCAACGAUCUCAUCGUGCCCAACAAGCCGGCAGAAACGCGCCAGAUUGCCUUGAGCUUCUAUAAGCGGCUCAUCCACACACAGUACAAGAACUUGACCAUCAUGCGGGAGAAGUUCUUCCUGGUCAUUCAGAACCACGAAGCGCGCGAGGAUCUGCGUCACCUUCUGGAGCUGCUCGACACCCUCACCGACAAUGGGAAGGAUAUCACAAACUUCGAGGAGAAGAUUGGCAAGUUCAUGCUGCUCUGGAUCCCAGCUAUCACAGAGGCUAAUCUGCUCAGCCCCUAUCUUGACAUUCUGGUCAACCUGAUCAAGUUCAAUGCGGCGCAUCUGGACAAAGACAUCCUUGUGGGCAUCGUGCAAAACGCUUGCGACCUGAGCUGCAGCGUCACCGUAAACGAAAUCGGUCUGCAGUGUCUCACUAUUCUGGAGAUGGUCAUCGGGUACACCAUCUUUCCAAGCGAACCGCUGCCGCAGUGCAUCACCACCUUGUGCCGGACUGUAAAUCAUGCUCCCUACUGCCCGUCUUCAUUUAAGAUCAUGAAGAACCUUUUGGGCACCCAGUUGGGAUACCAUUCCAUGAAGAUGAUGUGCAGCAUCCUCAACGAUCGGGGUCUUUACGAUGAUGCCCACUUGUUGCGUGGGGCUGUGUUCCAUCUUAACAUGAACAUCUUCGGAUCAAACAUUAUUUUCCAGGUUUCACCCAUGACCUAUGCAACGAAUGUGCUUACAGCCUUUCUGCGGGCACUAGACAGUCGUCAGGUGAUCGUGACCUUCGAAGUCAUCCUCAGCGUUCGCAUGGUGAUUACCAAGCGGCAGCUUUCAGAGAUCAUUUGGGAUCUGAUCUGUGAGAUAAUGUCCUCGAUCGUGAGCAACAUCGAGUAUUACGAAGCAGCCAACAUAAACAAGGAUCGCCUGCAUCACCUGCAGAUCAACUUCCAUGAGAACAUCGACUGCAUCGAGAAGCUUUUGCAACAGGACCGAUCCCAGAUUCUGGGCAAUGUGGAGCGCAUCUACGAUCUCAUCGAGCGAGUGGCCGAUCGACGCCCGGAGGCUUCCGUUCUUGCUUUAAUCGAGUACCGAUCACGACGGGUCACAGCAACGCGGCCUGAUUGGCUCCAGGUACUGGCCCAGUUCGUUCGCCGCUACUACCGCAUGUCCAACGUUAACGUGCGCAUAAAGACGAUCGAGGCUCUGGUUCAGAAUAUGGACCAGAACCGUGCCUGCUAUGAAGAAGAGAUCCUUAGUCGCGUGGUGCUGCUGCACCUGUCGCAGAUCCACCAGGAGCCAAGUGUGCAGGUGCGAGUGGCAGUGGCCCGGGCUCUUACCAAUUUUGCCACCCACUGCGACACGAAACGGUGCAUGGAUCUGCUGGAUAUCCUCGAGGCGCUCAUCAACCGACCCUUUGAGCACACGCGACAUGGAUCCUCAUCUGGAGACGGUACUAUGACAGAAGUGAGCGUUAGGUUGGUGAGCAACGAAUCCGAGAUCUCGGAUAUCAUCGCCGCAGUUGAUGGUUUGGUCAAAGUGUUUGCCAUCAAGCUGCAUCGCUUGCCAGCGGUCCAUGCUCUUAAAAUAUUCAAUAUUCUAAUGGAUCACCUGGAACUGCACUACGACCGACCAAAAAUUUUCGAACACAUAAGUGUUGUGCGCUAUAAAAUAUUUGCCUGGUUGCUGAAGGCCCGGGCCAACGGCUCCUACCACAUUGGUUAUCCAGAGGGCAGCAACGAGGUGGUGAAAUUUAGCACCUACCUGGGAAUUGAUUCACCGCUGUUGCCACAAGCCCACUCCACAGCGAUAUCCAUUCGACGAGUCUGUAAGCUGAUUGUGAGGUGCCUUGAACACGACACCGAUUAUCAGGUGUUCCAGCUAGUCAUCAGGGAACUGCCGAAGGUGCUGCAGAACAAGGCGCUGGUGCAGGGCAACGACAUCGAGGAGCUGGCCAACACUCUCCUCAAGAUAAACUUGGUCAGCAACAAUAAGUUCAAGCGGCCCACCGACGAGUUUCACGCCCUCGUUUUGCCCGCCAUAGCUUCCUUGGUUAUCUACCACGAAAGCCUGCAGCCGCAGCAGCACUACGGCAUUAUAACAGCCCUCAACUCGAGGGUACUUACUGGCAUAGCCAGUGUCUGCAUCAACACCAUGACCAUCCUAAUACUAGAGAUGCCGGAGGCGUUGAUGCGAAAGCUCCCUGACGUACUGCUCCAAAUGAGCAAGAUGUCGGAUACAAAUGCGUUGGCCACUCCGGUUCUGGAAUUUCUGUCGUUGCUUAUACAUCUCUCCAAGCAUCUCUUCGCAAACUUCACGUCCAUGCACAACAUGUACGUGUUUGCCAUCACGCUCCCGUACACAAAACCGCAUCGCUACGAUCAUUACACAGUUUCCCUGGCCCACCAUGUCAUCGCCGGAUGGUUCCUCAAGUGUAAGCUUGAGCUGCGGAGGAACUGCGUGAACUACAUCAAAAGCGUAGGUAUAACCAAUUUGAACUUUUUUACUUUUAUUGAUUCGGUUUUAUUUUCUCAGUCGAUUCAGUCCAAUGCCAAGAUGUUGUCCAGCGACAUUGUCAACCUAAACUCCUUAAACGAGGAUUCAUCCAAUCGUAAGCGGAGCACCAGUCUCACGGAGCGCGGAAGUCGCAACAAUGCUAAUGCCUGGAACGACCUGGAGAUGCGGCCGCAAAUGAACAACGGUCUACGCAACUUCCACGCUGAACUGGCAGAGACAUGCUUUGAUUUCUUGGCCCGGCACACAUAUUCGCCUUGUCCGUCAAUGCCCAAGCGUCUUCCAGCAGCGGAAUUCCUGCUAAAGGAUGGCGUCUCGCAGACGUGGCUGGUGGGCAACAACCUGGUGACCAUUACCACCUCCGGCUGCCCGUCAGCGCCCACGCGCAGUGGUCUUUGCGAACGUUGUGCUCAGCUGGGCAAGGCUCCUAGUAUUAGUCUAAACUCGAAGAGCCUCAGUGAUGCAGCGCCUCCGCUUUCGCCAGAGCGGGAGAGACGAUACACCAAGGUGAGCCUGCAGCACAGCAGCGGCAAUGAGUCGGCUGGAAGUACGGAGCUCACCUCCUCAUCUUCGUCGAACUCAGCAGCUGCAGGCGGUCAUCCACACCGACAGAUCUCAAACAGUUCCACGGCAUCGCUAGACGCGCUCUCCCGUCGAGGAUCCAAUCCCGAGGCCUUGGGCAGUGCCUUAGGCGAGGGACCACAUACGGGAAGCAACACCUCGCUCCUGGGAAACUCUUUGUCCCAAUCCUCCGUUAGCAUGAGUCCUUCGUCGGGAUCCGUGGUGCAGCAGCCGGUUUGCGUGCGCGCCUGCACUGGCUGGGCGGAGGUACUGGUUCGUCGGCCCACUGGCAACAUAUCGUGGAUAACCCGUAUUCAAAACCCCAUCACCAACGAUUGCUUUGGCCAGGACUUGCCGUUCAAUAAUGUUGUGUCACUGUUUCUUCCCACUGCCCAUGGCGGAGUUUUUGGACCUGACAAUACCAUCCAAGUCCCACCACAUACGCUGGCUGAUCCCGAGCCGGAACCAGAACCGGAGGUUAAUGCAGCAACGGCUCCUCAGGCAAGUGCACUGCGCAGUCGAAUGGUUGCCAAGGCUCGUGCCCUUCAGCGACAGGAAGAAAUUCACUCGGUCGGAGGGAAUGGAAAUGGCAAUGGCAACGGUAAUGGAAAUGGAAAUACUGCCAGCACUGGAGCUGCUGCUGCCAUACCCAUACCGCGGGUACCAGCAUCCGGAAAGCGCGGCAAGGAGGCAGCUCUCUGUGGAAGUGUGAGUGAUGGCGAGGCCGACGACGACUCCCUGGCCUUUGAGGAUGCUCAGAGUCGUGCACGAAAUCCCGUCCGACGGGUCAAUUCCAGUCCAGAGAUGAGUUCCAGCUGGCGGCAGUCGUUCCUAACCAACAAGCCAACGCCUCUGUCCCAGGAGCCCGUGAAAGCCACCGCCGAAGAACCACAAUCGCUGUUGACUUUGAAAAAGAAGAGUGUUCAGUACAGCACCAAGGAUAUGCGUGUGAGCUGCGAGGCCAUUCCGGAGGAGAUCGCCGGCUCCACACCCCCCUCGCAGGCCGCAGCCUUGGCUCUGCAACCGGAAAGCGGCACCCUACCUCCCAAGCAACACUCGGCGGACGAUGUCAGCAGUCAUGUGGCUGGAGGAAGCAACCUUCAAGCAGGAGCGUCCACGCUGAAGCUGGGUAAACCACCGCUGUCGCCAGGGCAGCCACCGUCGUUGGGCACGGGUCGAGUGACCAGUUUUGGAGGCACCUCUGUUCCCCAGCCCGGUGCACUGGCCAAAUCCAGCAGCAGUGGUAGCAAUGGCACCAAUGUUGGAGUGAUGACCUCCGAUUACGACAACGGCAACAAUGGAAACGGAGACAUGAUGCGAGGUCGUUCGAAAACCAUUUCGGUGGUGCGGGAGGUAAACAACGGAAAUACACGUCCACCGCCGGCAAACAGUUUCCGAAAUUUUGGAGCAGCAAAGCCGCCCAUCAACGCUAAGCUCUGCAUGAAUCCGAGCUUUGUUUUCAUGCAACUAUACACCACUGGCCAGCUGGGUGUAACGGAUGAGCCACUGAAGGUGGGGCCCGAAAACAGCAGCGCUGUCACCCUUAUAGAUUUGGUUCCACCGUUCGAGACGCACAAGAUCGGCGUGCUGUACGUGGGCCAAGGGCAGUGCAACAACGAGGUGGAGAUCUUGCGCAAUUCGCACGGAAGUGCGAGAUAUGUGGAGUUCCUGCGUAACAUCGGCACCCUGGUCAGUCUGAAGGAAGCUGAGCAGAACAACCUUUUUAUAAUGCUGGAUAGAAAUGGAGCAGAUGGCAAGUUUGCCUAUAUCUGGAAGGAUGACAUACUGCAGGUUACGUUCCAUGUCGCUACGCUGAUGCCCACCAAUCUGCAGGAUGAUCCUAACUGCAACGAAAAGAAGAGCCACAUUGGCAAUGACUUCGUGAAGAUCAUCUAUAACGAGAGCGGAGAGGAGUACAAUCUAAACACAAUAUCCGGCCAAUUUAACUACGCCUGCGUGAUCGUGGAGCCACUUGACCUCAACUCGAACAGGGUGUACGUGAAGGCGCGAUCGGAGAUUUCGAAAUUCGUGUGCCACGCAGAGUACCGAAUAGUCUCCGAUCGCAGUGCUCCUCUACUGGCCCGACAAAUGGCGCUGCAUGCCAAUCUCGCGUCGCUAGUCUACCAAAGUGUGCAGAAAAAGCAUCCGUACGCGUCGAAUUGGCUAGAACGAUUGCGUAAACUGAAGCGCCUGCGAUUAAAGCUUAUUGAGGGACUAAACAGCCAGCAAAAAUCCGGCAGCGCCUCGAGCGGCAUCGGAAUCAAUGCCUCAGCCAUCGGUUCGGAUAUGGACGACCAACGAGGUGACUUUAUAAAAUACACAUAGACAACAACGAGAGGCUCCCAACUGAAUAAACAUUAAAAGUGAGCAGAGGACCUAUAGACUCAUCCUGCCAUGAUUCUUCUUGAUUUCCGAUUUGGAUAUUACCUUACUGGCAAAGCAAGGGAUUUAAAAUCAUGAAGUCUCUCCAGACCAACAAUAAAACUCUUUGCCUACUCAACAAUAAUGAAAAUAACUAUAAUAUAAUCAUAAUGAAUUUGACAAGUUUAUAAAAUUUGUGAAAAUACAUAAGCG